AUGCCGUUUUCCGUCGUUACAAAGAAGCGUUGCGUUCUAAUACUCAGCUUUCUGCUCAUUAUUACUCUACAACCGGAUCUUCCCGAGGCGUUCUUUUCAAUUACUGCAAACAACAAGGCUCUUGUAGGGUUUACCUACAAGGUAAUUGACAAUGCCGAUUGGUUAGAUUGCAUCCAAGCUUGCCAGACUGAGGUCUCUUGUAUUUCAUACAAUUUCUGGCAAGGGAGAUGUGAGCUUAAUAAUUGUGGCUUUGAAGACGGAUGCAGUGCAGAAAGCACUCUGCUGAUAUGGGUCCCUGGUUCAACUUUUCAACAGUUAGCUCCCAUUCCGGUAGGUCUCUAUAAAAGGUAAGGUAAGGUAAUUUUCAUUUAUGCACGGUGUUACAAAUUCAUCAGGCAUGAAAUGUUAUAAAAAAAUUUUAAAAACCUUGCCUUUAGUUAACGUUUCAGGAAGACUAUUCCACAGAACAGCACUACUGUAGCGAAAACUAUUACGGAGAUAAUUUGUGCAUGGCUGUGGAAUAGUUGAUUUAUUUAUAGAAUCUCGAAAAGUGUAUGAAGUGGUAUUAGAUCGAGCAGUAGAACGGCGAGGUGACAUUGGGGAGAACUAGAAGAUAUCUUUCAGUCUUUCUGCCAUUUGUGUGUAUUCUAUAAUAGCUAUUAUUGUUUCUUUUUUUAUUAUUAUUUCUUUCUGCUCUUGUCCUCUUCUGGAUGUUACCUUCACCCGUUUAUUUGCCGAUAUUGUUUUACCUGAAGUACAGAAAUAAGGCAUUCUUUUAAUUUCCUCUCCAUGGUAUGGAUCGAGUCCAUUUUGAUCAAGGAAGGUCGUCUAAAAAUGGACUCUAAGUGUUAUCCAAUUGUAUCGCUGUUCUUUAAAUUCGCAGGAUGAAAAAUCAAGAUGCAAGGAUAAACGGGAAAGUUCAGUGAAAAAGAAUGUAAGAGGUAAGAAAAAUCUUGCGUGGUUUUAAGUUGAAAAUGAAUGAGUUUCACAGAUAUGUCGUUGAAUUUAAGGGUUGCCAAAAGGCGUUGAGGACGGGGGACAGAGGAAAGUCGAUACACGAGAACGCGAAGAAUGCGCGCGGCAACCUGAGGGUGCAAGCGAAAACGCAAAAGGGUACUCGCCUAAGAGCAAAGGCUACAAGAGAAAACCGGGGGGCGCCAAGGACGCGCGCGGGAAGCCAAAGGGUGCACUAGAAAUAUGAACACACAUCAACUCGUUUACUGAUGCAGUAACCGGAUCUACUUCCUUUGUUAUUUUUAGUUAUGAUAAAUGCAAGCUUUAGCUGCACACAAAACAUGUCAGCCUACGUGGAUGGCGAUUUCGUGACAUUUAUGAAUUCAAGGAAACCAGUGAAGGACAUCGACUGUUCCAAACUUCAAACCCAAGCUAUUAACUUCGCGAUCCCUAAUUCCACCCGAGUCGUUGCCAUAGCAGCAACGGGCACACCGCGGGCUUCGAUUAUUGGCUCAUUUAGUGAUGGUGUCGUCACAGACUCCACGUGGAAGUGCAACUCAGAUAAGGAGCCUGAGUGGGCCCUUCCUGAGUUUCAAGACGAUCAAUGGAAAAAGGCAGAAGAAACUUCACCUGAGAAAGGAGGAACUAACGGAAUGACUGAAAUUUCCUCCAAGGCAAAGUGGAUCCAUAUCAGUGCAGAUGAUUCCAAGCAAAAUAUGUUUUGCAGACUAAGUCGUAAAAUAGGAUCUCUGAACUAGAAAUCCCCCCCCGCCCCGUCGUCGUCGUAAAAGAUGGAGAUACACAUGAACUGUGGGUAUAUCUUUCCCUCUUUCGUUAGCUUUAAGCCCGGGAGGAGGAGGGGGGGUUGUUACUCAACAAAUGUUUAUACGGGGAAGCUCCGCCCCGAGGUCCAACCUCUUACCAAAUUAUAUAGCAUUUUUCACGAAAAAGAUACCCCUUUUGUAUACCUUCUAUUGACAAAUGGUGCCCCUUUCACAUACCUUGUUUAGAACUUUGCAUCCCUUUUAACUGCUGUAAAUUCACUGUCUUUUAAAUAGGAAUCAAUCACAAAACUAGAACGUUUUCUUGACUAGCUUCAUAAAGCCAUAAAAUUCAUCUGUUAGCCCUUUUGGGCCCUUUCAAAGUAACAACAACAUUCUUUUUAUUCACACUAUUCAGAUACAGAGGAAGAGAGAAAAAUGAGAAUACAAGAAACUAUAGAAAACGAAAUGACAGAAAUUAUAUAACUAUAUGUACAAUUUUUGAAUCAGUGUGCAUUAACCAAAGUAGCAAAGCUUUCGAGUUGGCUGCUGCGUGUUUACAAGUAAAGAAAGGAACGAAGGAAAGAAAUAAUAAUUAGUAUUAAACUAAUUCACAGGGCAAGAAGUGUAAUAAAUACGGAAUGGAAAUGUUACAUUAAAAAUUACAACUUUCAGAUAAGCCAGAAAACGAUAAUUAAUAAAUAUGAUUACAAAGUAAAUUUCAGUUGGAAAUUCAGAAGAAAAGAAACUGUGACUGACAUUGACUUAAACGAUAGAUUUCCCUACUCUUUGCUACACUUGAACUAGUGAAUUUUGAAGAAUAUAGGAUUCCUGUGUUCGAUACUUUUAAUAUGAUCAAAGGUGUUCGAGGAAUAGACAGUACUCACUUUGGAUUGGGAGUUAACAGCGAGGGUAAACGCACAACUUCUUCUGAAUUUCGUGAGGGAAACGUUUUAAUGCCUUAACUUAUCGUCCCAUGCAAAGGAAUCUAGAAUCCCGAAUCCCGAAAAUUUUUGCUCUUGGAAUCCGGAAUCUUAGAAAGUUUUUCUUGUGGAAUCCGGAUUACGGGUCCAGGAAUCCUGAAUCCCACUGACGAUUGGAAUCCAUAAUCCAAGUUCCACUGACAAAGACCUUAAUCCAGUACCUGGAAUCCGGAAUCCACUGAGUGGAAUCCAGAAUCCAAGACUGUCCUUGAUAUCCUUACACUGGGCGAGACUUAGACUAGGCUUAUGACUGUUUGCAACUGACCAACGAAUCCUAUUUAGCAAACAUGAUCACAGUAUUCACUUGUAUGAGGGAGAGUGGUAACUAACCUUCAUAUGUUGAGGGGAGACUGGAAAGGGUAAUAAUCUACGCGAGGAAAGUCGGGAAGACAGAUGACCUUGUAUUCCUAUUAAAGAAACUGCACCAUUUGAGAUUAGUGAUUUAUAUAAAAGCCACGUUUUGCAAACUGUAUAUCUGAAGGACGCUAUUAGGCGAUAAAUGAGUCAUUAAUUCUAAUGACUUUUAGAGAAGCAUUCAAGGAUUUUUUUAAACUAUUUACUUUAAUUCAUUGUAAAUUAAGCGAACUGAACUUUUAGUCAAAUUUUCUCCUUAAGUUGCAUUUUUUGUUGUUUCUUCAGUUUACUUUUGGAUGAUAUCAAAUUUUUUGCUGUAGGCUUUCCUUUGCUUUUUGCUUUGUGCAAUUGCCUUCUGGCUCGCAUUCUACGAAAUGUUUUUUUUGUAAGUUUUGCAUAUAGUUUGCAUAAAACGUUCAGACGUAUAAAGAGACGGUAAAUUUCGUGCUUAAUAUUUAGCUGUAUGUCGAUGUAUGAGCCCGGAGGCGUUUGUAUUAGCAAAUACGAUAGCACAAAAUAAAAUAAAAAUGACUACUCUGUAUACAAAUGUAUGUGUCUUUUGAAAGGGUUUUUUUUUUCAAUAUUACGCUUUUGUUAGCGGCGUCUGAUCACAGAGGUUUUGUUUUUUGGCUAAUUAAUUGCUUCAGUAAAAAUAUGGAAUUAAAGCUAUUCUGAUCAAACAUUUAGUAGGGUGAUUAUGAUACAUCAAAAAAGGUUGACAUUAUAUUUAUGUUCUUCCUGCUCAGUCGAUCGGCAAACAGUGUUGGACUGGUCAUGUUAAAUCGGUUUUCGCCCAUAUUAUAUAUAAACAGGAUAUUUUGUGGUGAUGCGAGGAAGGCAAAAAUUUUUUUUUUCUGAAUUCCAAAGCCGUCAACAAACAUGGACAUGUCGUGUUUCAUGAUUUUCGCAAGCAAAUAAUUAAUUCUUAACGUAAAAAACAUUAUAGUUUGCUACUAUUUACAGUCUUCUCGAUAAAAAUGCUAAAAAACACAAAGGCCAACUACAGCUAAGUUCCAUUUAUUACCUAAGUUAUGUUUGGGAAGAUUAACCGAAUAGACUUUUCUAUUAAGCCAUAUGGUGUUGUUUAUUAAAAGAGAAACGCCAACUGACAUGGCUGGGUUUCCACCCAUUUUCGCUGGGGUAUAAAUUCAUACAUUGAGGUGAGUAGGAGUACUAAUAUAAAACAUCAUCAUGUGGUCUAACAUGAAAGAAUACACCGAGCUAAAAAUGACACGGUAUCCAUUUUACAACAAAAAAGGAAUAAUUGUAGAGACCACAGGAGGUUUAAUAAUACCUCACCGAGAUAGAACAAUGUUGACAAUUUCAGCUGCUACGAAAGUUCUUCCUAUUGGUUAUCGCAGAAAUACAUAAGCAACAAAUACAAAAACUUAUUUUUCAUUUCGGAAAAAGAAGUGCUUAUUUUCAAACAAUCUUCCUUCAACGUAAAAACAAUUCUGAAGUAAGAGCCAUUUCACAUUUACAAACCCUGCUGUGAGAGAAGGUGUAAGACAUGAAAAAUUCUCUUUUCUUUUGUUUUAUCUCAACUAUUUUGCUUGGAUCUAGCCCUUCUAGCUUGACGCUGUUCAGCUCUUUCACACUCGAACAUAGACUCUUUCUAGGAAAGACAUUUGGGUCGAUUUUCACUUCCGACUGGCUUCAGUGUUUACAAUCUUGCGCUGAAAACACAAGAUGUUUAUCAUACAGCUUUGAUAAGCAGGCUUUAGGUGAAAACUGUUUUUUACAUGAAUGUGGUUUUCUCGACGAAUGCGCUGCUCUCGAUACGCUCAUCUUUGCCAGGGAGUCUGUUUUUCAUCAGUUGCAGCCUGUAACGGUUUGUAUUCAUUUUAAAAAUAAGGUAGAAUCAUCAUUAUAUAAUUAUUCAUUUUAGAAUGAUAAAUGUUGUCAGGUUCUACUCGACUAUCUGCCUUUGUCACUAUCAGUAAAUUCUCUCUAUCUCCCUUAGAAGAUAAUUUUAUGCUAAGGUACAGGUUACGAUAUCUAGGUUGAUUAUGCUUAUUUAUUUUUGUUUAUUUUAAUUACCAUUUUAUGUAAUUUAAUUAUUGAUGUUCAUUAUUUUCCGACAGAAUCAAUCACAACAAAGGAAUUGCCGUUGGGCAGAUUAUAGUAAGUAUUAAGGAAAAUUAAGACAUUUCCGGUCAGACGAGUCUUGGUGUCUGUGUAUAUUAGAUCAAACUAAGCCUUUAAAACUUAUGAGUUGAAAAUAUUUACUCCACUCAACUGACUCAACCCUUUGACAAUCUGCCGCUGUGACAAGGCCUAAUGGCCGAGCGCUCAUGGCAUGCUUAAAAAGCCGAGUUUGUCGGUGAACUUAGGAUGAAAUAAAUAUUAAGGAUGAAGCAAAUAUAAAUAUAGUCAGGGGUGUAGUUGUAGAUCAAUUUUAUACUUAGUGCGAAUUUUAUUUUUGUUGUUUAUUUUUUGGUGUGGUAAUGAAUGAUAACAAAUUUCAAAAAGGAGGAAAUCAUAACAUAUACUUUCUUUAAUCAAUGAUGAAUCAAAAUUUAUGCAGAACUCGACAUUAGAAAUGGCCUUAAUGGAAUAGAAAAGGAAUUUAAAAUUCGUGCCAAUACCUUUUUAUUUUACCCCACCAAGAGCCUUGCAUAAUAUUUUGCAUGAAAAUAAUGGUAAUGCUAAGAAUAAGUCUAGUCAGUGAUCAUCAUCAUCGUCAUCAUCAUCAUUGUCAUCAUCACUGACACUGAUCAUUAUCAUGCCUAGCUUAUGGAAGUGACAAGUAUAACUUUAAAUGAUGCAAUAUCGUUCGUUUUUGCCUUUGUAUUAUUAUCAUUAUCAUAAUUAUUUGUUUUAUCUAUGUCAGACCAACCUAUUCCCGAAGCUGCAUUUGAAAUACAAGGUACCGAUGUAUGUGAAAGAAGUUGGAUUGAUGGACGCAGCCAAGGUGAGAAAAAAAACCGUUUUACCCUUUUUCAGGUUUACAUGUUAUGACUUUAAGUUUAUUUUUUCUUCUUUACAAACCAUCUUUAAGGCCCUUCCUACAUUCCGUUCUACGUACAUGGGUCAUGUAGCAGCUGCUCGGAAGAGAAGUCACCAAUGGUGUGUUUCCCUAACCCCAAACAAUACUUGGGUCACGUUCAUUGCCUAAUUCCAAGGCCUAAACAUUUUUGCCGCGCAGUCUAUAUUUAUCGGAUGGUCACGUGAUGAAUUUUGUAGGUCUUGAUUACGUCGCUGAACCGAACUGACUGCAAGGGCCUGGGAGAGCCGUAUAGGAGCGAGGCAACGUAUCAUAGAUAGUAUAUUUUGCACCAUAAUAGGAGAAGAUGUCAGAAUAUCAAAAGGACUUAUGAAAUCAUUUUGUACGUUUUCUUGUAACAGCUUUAGGACGAGAAAGACACUCAGCUGAUGUUUGUGGAAACAAACCUGUUUUGCUGGAUAAAUGCUUACUUGAAGACAGAGGAAGAAUCCAUCUGACAUCGGUGAAGUACAUGGAAUGCAACUGCUCGUGUAUAGAUUGUAGUGACGAAGGAGCAGUGCUUUGUCCCCAGUCGAAAGUAUAUAAAAUAAUUAAAAAUGAAUGCCAUAGAAGCGAAGUAUGUCGAGUGCGAAUUGCCAACAACUGUGAAAAUGCAAUCUUGAGAUCCUUGAGAAUUGAAUAUCGAUGUGUGUAGAUUUCCACCUCAUUAUGGCCUUUGCCGGUUCAUAAGCUGAUAAAUUCUUUGGUAACAUGUAGCGAUGUAGUUACAAAGUUCAAGUUAAAUAUCAACCUAGAUUUGAAAUAAUUGGCGGUCGAAAUUCUUCACUCCAGAAACUAUAAGGAGGAUAGUUACACACCUUCGGCGCAAUGAUUUGUGGGAUCGUCUGGGUGGACAAGCGUUACUUAGGACUGGGCACAGCUGUUUCGGAUAACUCGAUACCUAUGUUGUCAAAAAUCUUUCAGUUGUUGUUUGUUUUGUUUUUUUGAAGGGGGGGGGGGGGGGGGUUCUGAUAGUCUCUGGAGUGGAGAAUUAUCAAACUUUCAAACUAGGCUCCGAGGGAGUAAAACCAAAGAAAUGAAUUAUUUAUCCCUUAAUCUCAAUGUGAUUUCUUUUUUUGCACCCCUUAGCUUCGGAACCAGGUCUGAAUUUUUAAAUAUUUCGAAACUGGCCUAUAACCUUUACUCUAUUUUGUGGAAAACGACACUUAUUUCUAAAAGGGGGAAUUGGGAAAGGUUAAAGCACUAAAGAGGGACUGAAAUCGCAGUUAAGUCUUAUUUCGAACAAGUAAACGUCAGUGAUAGUAGAAUUCGCUUUAAAUCAUGGAUAAACCUUUUUGAUUAUCUACAAGUUGUAUUACUAUAAUAAUAAUAAUAAAAUAAUCUUUAUAGAGGAAGCUCCCAUCACAUAAAGUGUUUUCCAGGGAAGUCCUCUGACUAAGAUUAAACAAUAUUAAAACUACUGAUAACAGUCAAAUCUAAAAGACUAGUGGUUAUCAGUUAAAAAAGGCUAAAAAGGCUAAAUGACUAAAAAAGGCAAAAAAAAGUAAUAACAAUAGAAUCAGACUAAAAGAUUUAACUAUCGAAAAAACAAAGGCUAACGACUAAAAGCAGAAAAUAAUUUAGAUGAGCUGAAUAGCUUAAGCCUGAUUUUAGGGAAAAUAAAAUCUUAAAUAAAAGCAGAAUGAAGUUUUAUUUAGUUUGCUUCCUGAAGAUUCUUUCCAGGUCAAGUGCGCGCUUGUUUGGACGCCGUACUGAGUUCUGCUGGAAUGAAAGGGUCCUUAUGAUUGGUCCAUAUGGGACCAAAAAUCCGUGUAUGUAAAAACCGUGUUACUGACGUACCAAGAGCUCUGAGGCCAACAUGACUAGAUAUUUACUGAUAUUUUGUAUUUUUAUGGAACACAAAACAAGAAAUUAAAGAGGCAAAUAUCGAGCUAUGUUGACACAAAAAGUUAAGGCAGCUCAAUGAGCGAUUUAUCAUAUGGCCAAAAGUAUUUUUAUUUCUUGCAACUUAAGAAGGGAAAUCCCGCGAGGGGAAGAGAAGCUAAUAUUUCCUGCUUGGGUAGCUAAUCCGAACACACACAUUGCUUCCUCGGAUCUCCUCUUCGAAUCCAGCCAAAUGACAAACUUACUUUUUAAAUCAGUCUGCUGGUUGAAUGAGCAAGGCAUCAACACCUAUUAACUUUUGCAGGUGUUGAAAGAUGUUUGAAGCACCAAUCAUAGGUCAGUCACCUGUCGUUGACACUUGACUAAAGUGAUCUUUUCCACUUCCUAUGAAAUUUCCAUGUGGAAAUCACCACCUUCAAAAGAAAAACAUCGCAGGAUGAGGACAUAUCUUGAAAUUCUUUCACUCUAAUGAAAGAAUGAAACGCAUGCUACGCCGGUGACUUGCGAACGUCAAAUCUAAGAAUUUGCUUUCAAAUCUAAUUGUAAGUACAGAUCGAUCUUCUCAAUGACAUAAAUGGUGUUUACGAUUUCUAGAACGACUGUUUUUGGAUUUAUUGGUGAAGUUCUUAUUAAGGAAGUAAACAGCGGUUCGCAUUACAUUUUUCCCUCCAUAGGGGGAAAUCGUGAACCACUAGAAGUAAUAUUCUUUUGAAAACUUGGACCGCAGCUUUCGAUACGAAACCAGUACGAACAUGAGGCUCACUGCGUCCCUGCAGACAGUUACUGUCGUAAUAAGAGUUUUUAAUCUUACACGCUCUUGUUUAGAAUUGAUUCGCUUCUUGCUUUUGUUUACCUGUAAAAAUACAGAGGAUCUACAUCGUAGAUAUUGGUUUGAUUUGAAGGUACUCGUUUAAAAUGUUAUAACAAACUUAUAUUCAUACUGAGAUUCACCGUUAUACAACUACUUAUUACUGCAGUUUAUCGCGUUAACUUGAUCUUGAACGCUUCUCAUGUCAGUGUCAAUUUACAAUCGUCCGCCAGUUUAGAAACUGUUCAAUCCCAUUCGCUACUCUAGAAACGCAAACGAGACUAGACCGAGUUAACUUUCGCAAGAACGUCUGGAACUGUUGCUAGGGACAGCGAAAAAAUUGGCAAACAGUUCAUCAGUGCGCCCUCAGUAACAAUACCAGAAACAAUUGCGGGACAUAUUUCAGCUCCAAAUCACUUUUUUACUUCUUUCCCUGAUAUCCAGAUUGAUUCCAGAAGAAUAAAUUUGGAUUUUAUUAAGUUUAACUCCUGAUCUUUUAAACACCUUACUUUCGUCACUUUAUAUUAAUUGUUUGUUUGUUUGUUUGUUUGUUUCUUGAAGAGGUGUAUAUUUAGGAAGGAUCAUAGGAAGGGUUGGAGACGACGAGACAGGUGGUGAUAGAGCAUGAAAGCUCCAUGAAAGGCUUCUUAAUAUUUGUGCUGCUGGAAGUUUUUGAACUUUUAUACGCACAGAAAGGUACAUCAUUUCGCCUCUUUACAAACGAGAAAGAAACUGGGCCCGAGUUAGCUUUCGAAAAGACUGCUGGGAUUGUGGGGACUUCUGGGAUUCUGGGAUACUGGGGACGCGCCGGUCAGCUAUUGGUCAAUUUUUUCCCUGUCUCCAAUAAGAGACCCAGAAGUCUUUGCGAAAGUUAACUCGGCCCAUGCUUCAAUGGCUCAUAACGAAUUGUAACCUUGAGUAUCAAACGCAGGUUUCUAACAAAAGUGUACGAUUUUUACCUGCAGUUUAUGAUUACCUCGGUUGUUGGAAAUAUGUUACCAGCAAUGACAGCAAGUUUCUUCCGAAAAUCAUCUUAUCACCUGCAAAGAAUCACGUUUCAGCAGUACAUGACUGUGCUCUAGCUGCGCGCUCGCGUGGGAUCCCUGUGUUUGGAAUAAGAAACAGUUCGGAAUGCUUGGGUAGCGUACACUCCGCACUAACCUACAUGAGGUAUGGUCCAUCUAAUGAGUGUUACAAUGGCACAGGGGGACCAACAGCUAUGGACGUCUACAGUUUGGAAGGUAAUUACAACACAGAAUUCGAUUUGGACGCACAAUAUCAACAACAACAAUUUCUGUAAUUUUUCUUGAUUACACUUUCUUGUCACGCAGUUGCCAAAGGAGCUAGUCGUGGCGUGUCAAAAUUGCCGAGAUCAACGUUUCUGCAAUCUGUCUGUUUGGCAAGUGUCCAAGACUCUUUCCAAACUCGAUUAUUUAGGAUAAACUCUAUUCGAAAUUAACGACUGCUUCAUCCCAUAUAACUAACUAUUAUAUUAUUUUCCUUUUAACAACAUCUUCAUUUUUUAAUUUUCCAUUGUUGUUAAAAACUGUAAUUUUAUGUCAUAUGUGUUUUUUUUUUUACACCACAACGUAAGUUGGGCAAUUGAAUCUCAGGAAAAUGAUAGUUUCAUACAAUAAAUCGUCAUUUUUGUUUGUUUGAAUGAGCUGCAUUGCGCUCCAUUCUCUCUGAAUGAGUGCCAUUCGAUUUUGAGAAAAACAGGAGGGAAAGUAGAAAACUCCACAGAGCAAAUUCUCAUUGACAAAAUCAGUCUGUAAUGUUAGGUGCUUUUAUCACCAGGAAACAAACGUCACUUACGCGUAGACGAAGAGCAGGAAAAAAGAAACUUUAUCUAUGAUCUCUACAGCUCUACAUAUGCAAUAAAAAAGAACGACUUUGCUCAGAAUAUUCCAUCAAAUGCUGCCAGACACCCAUUGGUUAAAGGUGGUCACGUGAGACCGGUAAUGCUGCAGCCUCUCUUUAAGGAAAUCGACGAACGCGAUUUUGGUGGUAGGUGAUUAUCUGCGUGCGCAAGCAAUUUCACUUACAGAUCUUUUCACUUGACGUCACGGCGGCCAUUUUGGUGCACAAAAUAAUGAAUCGAUGGCCAUGUUGGUUCUGUACCAAAAACAUCCUGUGGGGAUUGAAGCCUUUUCUUUUCUUAUGCAAAACCUUCUUUUCCAAGAAAUUUUCUGCUGCUGACCACGUGAGUGAGAACAAUGUAUAAACAGUAGCUGGUUGAAGCAGGGGCUAGGCAAGGAGGGGCGGGGAGAGUAACGUACGAGCUGGUCACCUCAGAGAUUGAGUGGUAGCUAGGUGUUAGGCUAUUAGCUUAAAGACGCUUGUCAAUUUUAGGGAAUUUUACGCUUCUUAUUAGCUUUAGAAAGGCGCGCAAAAUGGAACAAUCGAAGUGCAACAGCUCAUUAUCAAAGCAACUAAUUAGAACUGACAAAUAAUCUAAUUGCGUCUUGCUCCGAUAGUCCCCUACUUGGACCCACAAGCUACUGACAUGCUUGGUUUAAUUUCUAUAAGUGGUUUCCUUGAAAAUGAUUUACUUUGGGGAUUAUUAAUUCGUCUUUGAAUUUUCAGCAUACAGACCUCCAGUGAGUGGAACGAAUAUUCUGACCAAUCCAAGCUUUGAGGAUCCGUUGAUUAAUGACCCGGUAAAAGGUUGGAGCUGUCAGGGUGAGACGGAUGAUCCUCGGGGCGAUGUUAUUGCACGGUAUACCCAGGAAUAUCCAAAACAAGGGCAAUACAGUGGGAUUUGUCUGGCUCGAUUGUCUGAAUGGGCAGGACCUGGACAGUAUGUAGGUGAGCCAAGUGAAUUCCUACAACUGUAACAAUUGUAAAUUCCUCUCGUCAAUUGUUAUGAUUUGUCCCCUUCGUAGUGCACCUGCAAUCCGUGACAUAAGAACUUGGGUCAAUUGAAGGAAUAACGUUGACGUGUUGUGCUCCUUGUGCGCGACCUCCUUUUCCCUGUUCCUUUCAAUGUUGGCCUCGAACUUGGACAAUUCCACCGAAAAAACGAUUACAAAACAACAUUGGAAUAGAGAAAGACAGGUAUCAGAGCAGUGUGACCCAACUUGAAUGUCCUUGAUUGUGUGUGUUAUAGCGAAAAACAACCAUAUCGAGGAAAAUUUAAUUGUCUGAAAUAAUGAAUGUCUGAAUGAGUGAGACGAUGGCUAAACUCAUAGCUGCUAUCCUAGGCUCUGACUGAUUUUUUUUUUUUUUUUUUUACAGGAAACAGAGUUUUGCCAGGUCGAGUCUACAAGUUCGAAGGAUGGACAAAGCUUUUGGAUCGCAAACGAACAGGAGACAUUCACAGUCUUGAGCUGUGGCUCAGGUAUAAGAAAAGAGGAGAUAAAGAACAGAAAAAUAAACUGCUCGCUAAAAGGACUAAAUAUUCACAAGGUAAAUAUGAAUAAAUGAUAAAAAGCAUUCAGUACGACUUUGAUCAUGUUCUUCUUAUUAGUAUUGCCAUGAUUUUUUAAAAGCUUCACCCUAAAAGUUUCAUUUAGCUGGAAGCAUGAAGCGGUAGGUGUGAGAUCGAAAAAUAGAUGGCCAUGAAAACGACAUUGAAAUUCCAACUCGGUCAAUGUCCCCCCGGAACUCUUCCUCUAUCUUACCAGCGCGCAAGGGGGAGAGGGGGAGGCGGAGGUGAAGGUGCUCCCCUUAUAUCAGAGACGUCUAGGCUAACCUGAGAUCAGGCUCCAUUUUCGUUUCGUAAGAAAAUUUAAAGAAUGCGUGAGAACUGCUAAAAUUGGGCCUGAUCUCAGGUUACGUCUGGGCAGACUAGGCUGAAUUGACUUGAAAGGCUAGUAUUCAUAAUAACUGUCAUACCACUGGUGCAAAUUAUUUACGCUAUUAUCUGCUGUUGAAGAACACCAGAAUUAGUAAAAAUAUUUCAGAAAACAUAUUUCCUUACAUUCUAGACUACGGCUGGGUGCGCUGGCAGACUGCGUUUGAGAUUCCGCUCGCCAGAGCAGGAUUCCAGUUCGUCUUUAUUUACUUCAAAGGACCAAAGCCAACUGUCGAUAUUCUAUUGGAUGACUUGUAUCUUGAGGAAAUACUGCAACCAUCUGACUGGAAAAGGAACAGUGAUAUUUUGAUCAAUAAAUACAGGAAACGAAACAUUCAAUUCAGGUUUGGAAUGAGUUUGGUUUUAUGAAAAUGAACUCAAUUCUGUCGUUUUCUUUUAAGUUGUUUUAUCUCAUUAUAAGUAAUUUAUGGAUUUUUUUCAGAGUGAAUAUCACAGGCUCUCGUUAUACUUCAGAUCUGCUCCCAAAACUUAAGAUCAAAGUAAGUUCGAUACGUUAGCGGACAUUUAGGCUGUGUUUAAAUUAUACAAUUUCUGAUCUUUCUGUAAAUCAAAAAUGUUCAGUAGAGACACUAGCGACCUUUGGUUAUGUUUACUUGGGUUUUCUCAUGUAGCUUUGACUCUGAGGAUGUAUAAUCAUCCAAAUGAAGCCUACUAAGCAGUCCUUUUCCUAUACAUUGACCACUCCAAAGAAAGCCGUUCAGAAGCACGUUUCCAAACAAUGUCCCUAUCCAUUCAUUGGGAUAAUUGGGUUCUGGAUGCAUGAUGCUGUAGUAAACAUACAAUGUACUAGCAAGUCUCCCAACCAGAAAACACGAAAUUUCAGCUGUUUUAUUCUCUUUUUUAAUGUUCUAUUCUAUUCAUACUCUAACUGGUUUACAAGCGCAUUGACGUGUAAAAAGUUUGUCGCCUGGUUUAUGCGCAUCUUCAAAUGACCCGUGUGUAAAACAUGACGUUUUUUUUCCCUUAGGUAAAACAGAAAUCGCAUCUUUUUGCCUUUGGUGCUGCUGUGAAUAGUAACUUUCUGCUGCACAAACCCGAAUAUCGCGAUUUUUACCUGAAAAACUUUCAUUGGGCCGUCCUGGAAAGUUCGUUAAAAUGGGGUUACGUCGAACCUAAAUUGGUGAGUUAUUUACUAGAGUCAUGACUUUUUUCAAACACGUACUCAGAAACUACUUAUUUGCUUUGUGGGCAUUAGAAAACGGGAUACUUAAAGGGAUUGAAGCAAAUCGAUAUCAUAUGAAUUACUCCUUCUCGUGUUUGAUAAAUUACUUCUAAGUGUUUGUGUAUCAGAUAAAACACUCCUUCUUGUAUUUGGACAUCAGAUGAAACACUUCUCCUCGUGCUUGACAUGUAACUUCUCAGUGUUUGGAUAUCAGACAGAUCAAGCACUCCGUCGACUCGUGUUUAAAAUAUCACUCCUCGGUGUUUACGUAUGAAAUAAAACUCUCCUUCUCGUGUUUGAUAAACUACUUAGAGGUGUUUGGUUAUCUGUUGAAACACUCUUUCGCGUGCUGAUUAUCGCUUCUCUGUGUUUGGGAAUCAGUUUAGAUAUUGCUUUGGUGUUUGGGUAUUAGAUGAAACACAAUGCUGCUUAUCGUGUUUGACAAGUGUUUGGAUACCACAUGAAACAAUACUUGUCGUGUCAAACGAAUUACUCCAUUUGCUACUAUUUUGUUGUUCUUAGAGUCGAAAUAUGCAAAAUAAAAAGCAAAUUUACUAUUCUAACUGCACUGUGUGUUAUAACUGACGCACCGUUUGCGUUUUGAACUUAUUUUAGGUACCUUUCGCUUCAGGGUCACAUAAGUUAUGACAUUGCGGAUAAAGCUGUGGCUUUUCUCCAAGCUAACAAGUAAGCCAACUCAAGGUUGUCCUUGUUAUACCACUAUGAUGAUAGCGCUUCCUGAUAACUCUACUUGUACACCUAACAUGCAUGUCAAUCUAAAUUUUGAAACCUAUUGAUUAUUGAAUAGGUACCAGAAAUUCAUGCCCUAUUUAGACUUACUCCCCCCUCUCUCAAUAAGAGAAAAAGGGAGCUCUCGACUGCACGCUGAGAUGCCUCGUAAUGCGCGGUUAAGAUGCAUUUUCUUGUUCACAAACUGUGAUAAAUGCUGCAAAAUAUGUGAUUUUUUGCGAUUUUUUGUAUAUUUUUUCUAGUUUUGCGAAUUCUAUAGCCGUUUUUUAGAGACUUCUUCAAACGUAUGUGCGUUUUCCCUAAUUUUCUUUACCUUCAUCCCUGGUAGAAAUGUUUGUGUUAAAUCAGUCCUGAAGGUAACGUUUGGUCAUUUCACUCAUAAUAUUUAUGUCACAUUGUUUACGUUUUAGCAAGAUGAUCCGUGGCCAUUGCGUUUUCUGGGCGGUCGACACAGAGGUUCCAUUUUGGGCGAAGAAGCUCCCCAACGAUAAGCUCAAGAAAAAGAUGAAGGAAAGAUUACAAACUCUUCUCUUUAGAUAUCGAGGACGGUGAGUCAGUGCUCCUAUCCUCUUUUAAAAAACAGAUUGUUUUCGAAAUAUGUUGUUCGUACAUGAGGAAUUCCGAGUUUCCCUUAGCGGUACCUAGCUAUGCACGUCAGUAGAAAGGGCUUGCAAAAAGAAGAAACUUGGAACAUGUUUUACCUUUCUGGAAAUUGGGCAGCCCUGUUUCAACACUUUCUAAAGGAAUGAAAAAGCCUUAAGCCUCUCUGACGUAAAAGACUAACCCUACCUGUUACGUUUGUAGCUUUAUGCAAUGGGAUGUUAACAAUGAAAUGCUACAUGGUUCUUUUUUCGCGGAUCGCGAAGGAUUAGCCAUCCGAGACUGGAUGUACUUAACAGCGGCUAGUGUUGAUCCCGGCGUUGAUUUAUUUGUCAAUGAUUUCGAUGCUGUAGAAAAUGGCCAAUUAACCCAGGUAAGUUAUAGUGUAUCGCUGAAAAUUCUUGGAAAUUAGUGGAGGGAAAGUCUAGUUUAAGCAACAUUCACUCACUGAAAUGUUUAUUCAAGCGUUAUUUGCAUUAAUAAAAUGAGUGAGUUUGAAAGUUUCCUUGCCAGAUACUUACGUUUAAGAACUGUGGAAAGGAACAAAUUUUCCCAAAUUCUUAACAUUUUCGAUUUGCUUGUGUAUCAGAAUGACAAACAUAAUCAUGCGUCUCAAUUUCACCAGGCCUUCCUUGAAGAAGUCCAGGAUUUAUUAUCACGAGGAAUUCCGCUGGACGGAAUUGGAGUUCAGGGUCAUUUCACUGGUCACGUGAAUCCAACACUUCUUCAAGUAAGUACGUAGUUUUUGACACUUUGAUAAGAAUUUCACUCAAGUCACUGAAACCAUACCAAGGGAGAAUACCAAAUUAUGCACUCAAGCAUACGUACCAACUCCCGGUAUGGCCAGUACCUUACGCAUGCGCACAACCAUAUCACUCCGGCAGUGGAAGCCAUGCACAGCUGUUUCGCCCUUAUUGGGGCUUAUCAUCAUGGCAUAGUCAUUGGAUCAAUAAGCAGGGGAACGCGCUAUCAAAGGCGCUUUAGCCCAGUCUAGCCCAUUGAAAAUGUGAUUUUCACCAUUGAUCCAGUUACUUCUAGAUCAAUUAAACGCUUGGAAUUAAUCGGUAGUUGAUUUCCAGAGGCAAACUUUUAUUCAGUGUUGUAAACAGAGAAUUUAGGGACAUUGUGCUCUCUUGGUGUGUUGACAUUACAACAUUCUGCAUUGUUCGCUUUGAGGAAGUCGCGCGCAUGGACUUGAUGACGUUUCAAACAAUGAUAAAAUGUGCGGACGUCCCAGGAAUUAGACUUCCGUUUAAUCACAACCUCUUAAAAUAAAGCCCUCAGAUUACCUCUUUGUCUCGUUAUUAUCUCUUGCUCAAAUCUUUAAAACUGGACAGAAACUCACUGAUCUUAACUUAUGUCGAGAAACGUAGGCAGGAGCCGGUAAUCUAUCAGCCCCUGAUUAUGAAGGAACAAAUACGAAAGUAAACCUAGUACGCCGAAAUAGAGAUGACUAGUAACUUAAAAGGACAGUAUCACCAAGCAAGAUUUAGAACUAUGCGAUUAUCUAAUCCUAUUAUAGUGUUUAUGUAAGUCAAUGGAAAAUCCAAAAUAUUGCCGCAAGUUUUGCUAAAAGUUAUCAUAGAGCAGUUCUACAUGACGUCACGGCGGCGGCAUAUUGACGUUCCAAAACAAUGAAACGGUGGCCAUGUUGAGGUUCCAAACCAAUCGUGUGGGAGUUGAAAUAGUCAAGGCGAAGUUUUCAAAGUUUGAUUGCGUCAUUUAGAAAAAAAAGUCGCUUAAAAUCCAAUGGAUUAGUUGACACUUUGUGACUCCCUUUUUUUCACUUAUUGCAGUAUUAUUUGAACAUGCUAAGUAAGGCCAAGAUUCCAAUAUGGCUGACAGAAGUUGACGUUCUUGAGAAAAAUCCGUUUAAACGAGCCGAUGCGCUGGAAACUGUCAUGAGAACUGCAUUUAGCAACCCAAGUGUCCAGGGAUUGAUUUUGUGGAGUUUCUGGAGCCAGAGUUCUUGGAGAGGUCCUUACACUUCUCUUGUGGAUGGAAACGACUGGCAGGUAUCAAAAAAUACCACCUACCCCUCCCUUAAGGCAACAUUCACACUUACUUCUCAUUUAGGGCAAAAUUUUGGCUUAGGGAAGGGUAGGUGGGCAGUUUCCCAGAAACGUAUGAUGAUCCCAAAAGAUACUAAUCCGCCACAUUACAAACAACAAGGAAUCUUGGCGGAGUUAGCUUUCGCAAAGACAUCCGGGAUAGUUACUGGGGACAGGCCGGUCAGCUAUUGGUCAAUGUUUUCCCACUCCCUAGUAACAGGGUCUCAAUAGAGUACUAAAGUGAUGACGUCAUAAAAAUGAAAUUUCUGAAAUUAUGGGAUUUGUCAGGAUAUUCUGAAAGAACAAUGUCCAAGAGGCCUACUUGCCAAAAAUGAGCAUUUCGGGGCAAAUUGUCUUUGAGAUCUUAUGGAGUUUUCUACGGAUAACUGGGUUACGAUAUCAGAGACAAUUUGCCCCUAAAUGCUCAUUUUUGGCAAGUAGGCCUCUUGGACAUUGUUCUUUAAGAGUAUUUUGACAAAUCCCAUAAUUUCAGAAAUUUCAUUUUUAUGACGUCACACUUUAGUACUCUAUAGGGCGGUAGCUUUGAAGGUUGACAGUUAUUUUUUCCAAUUUUGACGGUUGACGGCUAAAUUUUAGGGCUUUUGACGGUUGACGGUUUUUUAGUGAAAAUUUAGUUAAAGAGUUAAAGUAACUAUUAAUUUCUGUAUUAACGAUUCCCCUUUGUAAAAGGUUUAAAACAGCGCUGACUAAUGCUAACCUCACGGAUAUAUCAUGUUUUUCUAUUCCGCACCGGUAGAUUAACGCCGCUGGUUUGCGAUAUCGCAGACUCCUGCAUCAAUGGACCACACACGUCACGUUAUCUCCCACGUUCACUGACCAAACAAUUGCCUUUUUUGAAGCACGUGGAUUUUUCGGAGAUUACGAGGUGACAUUACAACUUCCCAAUGGACUGAACAGCACUCAAACCUUCACGUUGAGUCCUGGGAGUAAUCCAGUCGUCAUUGAACUUCAUUUACCAGGUAUAUGUUUUAUGAUUUUAUGCAUACCUAGGCUAGGUGAUUUAUCUCUCGCGUAACUUUUAGGAGUGUUUUAUUUUCCAUGAUUUACCAUAGUCUAUGUGGUUUAUCUUAUCUUUGUUAGAG